CUCCCGCCCAGUGGUGUCAGGUCCGCGAGCGCUCACGUGUUUGGUGUGUGUGUAUAAAAGGGUCCCAGCCUCUCCUCCUCAUCAUGUCCAGCGAGUCGCCAGACAAACGCCGAAAAAUGUCGGAGUCAGCGCUGAGCCAGCUGAAGAAACACACCGUGGUGGUGGCGGACACGGGAGACUUUAACGCCAUCGAAGAGUACAAGCCUCAAGAUGCCACCACUAACCCGUCCCUCAUCCUGGCUGCUGCUAAGAUGCCGGCCUACCAGCACCUGUUGGAUCAGGCCAUUAAAUACGGCAUUGCCAACGGCGGAACUGAAGAGGAGCAGGUUGCAAACACCAUGGACAAGCUGUUUGUGAGUUUCGGGCUUGAGAUCCUGAAGAAGGUCCCAGGCAGAGUUUCUACUGAGGUGGAUGCCAGGCUGUCUUUUGAUAAAGAUGAAAUGGUUGCCAAAGCCUUGAAGCUCAUUGGGCUCUAUAAAGAGGCAGGCAUCAACAAAGAGCGGGUGCUCAUCAAGCUGUCAUCAACAUGGGAGGGAAUUCAGGCUGGCAAGGAGCUUGAGGAGAAGCACGGUGUUCACUGCAACAUGACGCUGCUGUUCUCCUUCGCUCAGGCUGUAGCCUGCGCAGAGGCGAACGUGACGCUUAUAUCGCCCUUCGUUGGACGCAUCCUCGACUGGUACAAGGAGAACACAGACCGCAAAAGCUACGAGCCACACGAAGACCCAGGCGUGCUGAGCGUGACAAAGAUUUACAACUACUACAAGAAGUUUGGGUACAGCACCGUGGUGAUGGGUGCCUCCUUCAGAAACACAGGUCAAGUGAAAGCCCUGGCAGGCUGCGAUCUGCUCACCAUCUCCCCUGGGCUGCUUGGAGAGCUCAGCCAGGACCACAGCACCAUCGAAGAGAUGCUCAACGUGGAGAAAGCUAAGGACUGUGAUCUGGAGAAGGUCCACCUGGAUGAGAAGGCUUUCCGCUGGGAGCACAACGAGGACCGCAUGGCUGUGGAGAAACUGUCUGAUGGCAUCCGCAAGUUUGCUGCUGACGCCAUCAAGCUGGAGACCAUGAUCAAAGAGAAAAUCCUCAGCGUGAAAAACGGCCAGUAAUGGACAGAUUUUGCACCUCCAGCCGCAUUGACAGGAAAUCUUUGGAGUUCAGAGGCUGCUUUUCUUUGUCCCCAACUUACCCUAGGGGGUAAAACCCCAAGGCACCAGAAGGCAUUCCCUAUCUGCACAUAACCAAACUGAAGGGACCUCCCUCCUCAAUGGACACCUCUCCUUUUUAGGCUAGGACCGUCUGUUUUCUGACCAAACAUAAAUCGAUGCUAAUGUGGGUGUUGAGCUGCUGUAAAAUAUUUACUAGAAAUUUGACCAGAAAAAGGGAGGGGGAAACCUGCAGGAAAAAAUGUUUUAAUGAGACUAAGUCUUGUUAGUUAUAAUAUCAUGUGACUACUAGAAAGAACCGUGAGCACUUUUUCGGCAGGCAAGGACCACCGUUUUGCUAUUAACACCAUUUGGACAAGGUUGAGGGCAGAACUUGAUGAAGACCAUUGCACCAUCAUUCCACAGAAUAUAACGUUUUACUCUUUGAAUAAAUAAAAGUCUGUCAUUACA